AUGGCUAACGCUAGCCCUUGCAUGUCCACUGGACCCAUCUCUCAAGUCUUCUUUCCUCAGGGGGGAGCAUCACCCCCGGGGUCUGUGGUGAUGCAACAUGGGACCCCUCUUUCGGUCCCCGCGUCCAAUGCCCCCGGGUUACCCCCCAUGGACAUGACACCAGCCCUGGGAGGGGUGUCCUCCUUGCCCUCUGUCCCCAUCAUGCCGGCAGGGGUGUCCUUCAUCAUCCAGAUCGGACUGACCCGCGAGUCUGUUCUGUUACCCCAAACAGCCGACCUGGCCUACGUCAAGCAAAUCGCCUGCUCCAUCGUGGACCAGAAGUUCCCUGAGUGCGGUUUCUACGGGAUCUAUGAUAAAAUCCUUCUCUUUAAACAUGACACCGGCACCAAUAACAUCCUUCAGUUGGUCAAAGCGACGUCGGACAUCCAGGAGGGUGAUCUGGUGGAAGUGGUGCUGUCAGCGGCCGCCACGUUUGAGGACUUCCAGAUUCGGCCUCACGCCCUGAACGUUCACUCGUACCGUGCUCCUGCGUUCUGCGAUCACUGCGGAGAGAUGCUCUUCGGACUCGUACGGCAGGGACUCAAGUGCGAUGGCUGUGGGCUGAACUACCACAAACGCUGUGCGUUUAGCAUUCCCAAUAACUGCAGUGGUGCUAGAAAACGCAGACUGUCCACCACCUCUCUGACCAGUAGCCAGUCCUUACGCCUCUCCACCACAGAGUCCAUCAGCAGUGCCAGCAUCAGCACCACCAGUGAGGAGGCCAGCCUAGUCCGCUCGCACACGCAGAUGCCCCGUACCCCCAGCGAGGCGCGGCGUUUCUACACAGGCCGCCCGGUCCACCUGGACAAGAUCCUGAUGAGCAAGGUCAAAGUUCCCCACACGUUUGCCGUGCACUCAUACACGAGACCCACCGUGUGUCAGUACUGUAAACGACUCCUCAGAGGCCUGUUCAGACAGGGGCUGCAGUGUAAAGACUGCAAGUUCAACUGUCACAAACGCUGUGCCUACAAGGUCCCAAACGACUGCCUAGGGGAGACCAUAGGAGACAUGCUAAGCCCCAGUGUGGAUGUGGAGGUGCCCAUGGACUACAGCAGUGAGUAUGCGGACUCAGAUAAGUCCUCCCUGAUGGAUGAGUCUGAUGAGGCCUGCAGCAUCCCUGGCUCCUUCUCUCCCGACAACAGCCAGGAUGGAUCAAGCGCAGACCAGAGUGCUAAUAUUCCUCUGAUGAGAGUGGUGCAGUCUGUCAGACAGACCACACGCCGGUCCAGCACUGCCAUUAAAGAAGGCUGGAUGGUUCACUACAGCAACAAGGACACACUGAGGAAGAGACACUACUGGAGACUGGACUGUAAGUGCAUCAUCCUUUUUCAGAAUGACACCACCAACAAAUACUAUAAGGAAAUCCCUCUCUCCGAGAUCCUGGAGGUCCGUCCGGCGGGCGACUUUAGUCUGGUCCCCGCUGGAGCUAAUCCGCACUGCUUUGAGAUCGUCACGGGGACCAUGCGUUACUUUGUGGGCGAGGAUCCCAAUCCUCUCUCCAUCCAGUCGGCUGGGCUGACCAAUCCCCCGUGCCCGAGCAGCGUGGCGCCCAAUAGUGGAGUGGGGCUGGAGGUGGCCAAAGCCUGGGAGAGCGUGAUUCGUCAGGCUCUCAUGCCCGUCAUUUUCCAGGACAACCCACCGGCGGAAGGCCAGACCCCCCACAGGCAAGCGUCUGUCAGCAUCUCUGUCUCCAACAGCCAGAUUCAGGAGAAUGUGGACAUUGGGAUGGUGUAUCAGAUCUUUGCUGAUGAGGUGUUGGGUUCUGGGCAGUUUGGAGUGGUUUAUGGCGGAAAGCACAGAAAAACCGGCCGGGACGUCGCGGUGAAAGUGAUUGACAAGCUGCGUUUUCCUACCAAGCAGGAGAGCCAGCUGAGGAACGAGGUGGCCAUACUCCAGAGUCUGCGACACCUGGGCAUAGUGAACCUGGAGUGUAUGUUUGAGACUCCGGAGAAGGUGUUUGUGGUGAUGGAGAAGCUCCAUGGAGACAUGCUGGAGAUGAUCCUGUCCAGUGAGAAAGGACGACUGCCCGAGAGACUCACCAAGUUCCUCAUCACUCAGAUCUUAGCAGCUCUCCGACACCUUCACUUCAAAAACAUCGUUCACUGCGACUUAAAGCCUGAAAACGUCCUGCUGGCCUCGGCCGAGCCCUACCCACAGGUUAAACUUUGUGACUUCGGCUUUGCUCGCAUAAUCGGCGAAAAGUCUUUCCGCCGGUCUGUGGUUGGCACGCCUGCCUACCUGGCGCCGGAAGUGCUUUUAAACCAAGGUUAUAAUCGCUCUCUGGACAUGUGGUCCGUGGGCGUCAUCAUGUAUGUCAGCCUGAGCGGGACUUUCCCUUUUAACGAGGACGAGGACAUCAACGACCAGAUUCACAACGCUGCUUUCAUGUACCCACCCAACCCCUGGAAACAGAUUUCUCCAGAAGCCAUCGACCUCAUCAAUAACCUGCUGCAGGUGAAAAUGAGGAAGCGAUACAGUGUGGACAAGAGUCUCAGCCACUCUUACUUACAGGACUAUCAAACCUGGCUGGAUCUGAGAGAGUUGGAGUCUAAGCUGGGCGAACGCUACAUCACCCACGAGAGCGAUGACAGUCGCUGGCAGCAGUACGCCAGAGAGCACACCUUACCUUACCCACCCCACCUGGUCCCUCCGCCCCCCGCCUCCGACGACGAUGACGGAGGGGAGGACGGCGACAUGCAGGGCCUUACGGAACGCGUCAGCAUCCUCUGAGAAAGACUGAGAGAGAGAGAGCGUGGGAUGAGGGGACCCGUAGGGUGAAGAGAAACAAGAGAAAUGGAGGGAAGGAGAAGAAGAAGAAGAAGAAGAGUGACGAUUACCCAUCAGCGAGCAGCAGUCUGGCUGGGAACAUUAGCGUUAGCUUAGCACAGUUUCCGUUUCUCUGAGUCCCCCCCGGCCCAAUCCCAGAUCAGGGUUUGGACGGCGCCUGUCUUUAAAGAGUGUAGGAUUUGGUUUACUCUCUCUUCAACUCCUGGAGAUUUGGAACAUCACCUGAGGCCAAGGUGCCUGACUCUGUUUAACAGCAGAUGCGAAAGGAAAGGGACUGAGGGUGUGUGUAUGCAUGUGUGUGUGUGGUCUG